CUGCUGAAUGAAUGUCAAUAUCGAGAAAGCCUCUUUUGAACUUCCGCUUCGGCAAGGAAACACGAAUUGCUUGCUGCAGGUGAUCCAGUCCAACUAUGGCUCCGUCACGGAAGAACAAAGUCGUGAAGGAAGAAGUGCAAGUAUCGCUCGGACCGCAGGUACGCGAUGGUGAGGUCGUGUUUGGAGUGGCUCACAUCUACGCAAGUUUUAACGAUACAUUCGUACACGUCACGGAUCUGUCGGGCAAGGAAACCAUCUCCCGUGUGACCGGUGGUAUGAAGGUAAAAGCCGAUCGCGAUGAAGCCUCACCUUAUGCCGCUAUGUUGGCCGCUCAGGACGUAGCGGAAAAGUGCAAAUCGCUCGGUAUUACCGCCCUUCACAUUAAGCUGCGUGCUACUGGUGGAAACCGUACUAAAACACCUGGACCGGGCGCACAAUCAGCACUCCGUGCCUUGGCUCGUUCUUCAAUGAAGAUUGGCCGCAUCGAGGAUGUCACACCGAUUCCAUCAGAUUCUACUCGCAGGAAGGGUGGUCGUCGCGGUCGUCGUCUAUAAGCCCGACACCUUUACCUAUCUUCCACGCGCACGGCCGGUGAAAUUGGUAUUCUACUUAUUUUGCUAUGAUGUUUGUCUAAUUUUGUUAAAUUGCCGGUAUGUCGGUGUGAAUUAGGAAGAUCUAAACUUCUUUUUUCCGAUCCGCGUUAUGAAUAAUAUUGGAAAUGAUUAUACUGUGACAUAAGUAAUGCCAAUAAAUUGCAAACAACCAUCUAUUAAAACCGCCAA